GCAACAUGGAUUGUGUUCCUGUUCUUCCAGUACAUAAAGCUAAUAACGAAACUAAAUAUCAUGAAAUAGCGAAGUAUUUUACGUCAUGUUUUGGUAGCUCGCCGCAAUUUUUUGCCAGAGUGCCAGGUAGAGUGAACUUGAUCGGUGAACAUAUUGAUUACUGUGGAUUUUCUGUCCUGCCUAUGGCGAUAGAUCAAGAUAUUGUGUUGGCUGUUGGAAUAAAUUAUGGUGAUAUUUUAAAUCUUAUUAAUUUCCAUGGUGAUAAAUAUGAAAAAUUUUCUUCUUCAGUUAAGGAUUUAAAUAUCGAUACAUCUUCUCCUCGUUGGUAUCAUUACUUCAUUUGUGGGUUCAGAGGCAUCGCAGAGAAAUACGACAUACCUUUCAAAGGUUUGGAUGUUGUUGUUAAAGGAAUAAUACCACCUUCAUCUGGUUUGUCAAGUUCAAGUGCUUUAGUGUGUGCAAGUGCAUUAGCUACAUCUUUUGCAAACAGAAUUUUUCCUUCUAAAAUGGAAAUUGCAUCAAUAUGUGCGGAGGCUGAGCGUUACAUCGGAACCCAAGGAGGUGGCAUGGAUCAAGCAAUUGCUUUUUUGGCUGAGCCAGGUACAGCCAAGUUAAUAGAAUUUAACCCUUUGAGAGCAACCAGUGUAACUCUUCCCAAAGGAGUGGCAUUUGUUGUCAGCAACAGCUGUGUGGCAAUGAAUAAGGCAGCAACAUCACAAUAUAAUAUGAGGGUCAUGGAGUGCAAAUUAGCUGCUAAGGUUUUAGCAAAAUGUUUUGGUUUCAACUGGAGACGUGUUGAAAAGCUUGCUGAAAUACCAAUUUUACUUGGUAAAGAUGUAUCUGAAAUGACACUUGUAAUUAAGGAUGUUCUAUCAUCAACAUUUUAUUCAAGGCCCGAACUAUGUUCCAUUUUAGAAAUAAGUGAAUUUGAAUUUACUUCUUUGUUGACCAAGAAUACUCUGCAUAUGGAAGAAUUUCAG